AUGGGCGACAAAAAGAGGCAGCAGCGAGAAGGUCAUAGUAGUGAAUACGAGAUUACUGGCGUUCUGGCAACCGGGACUGGAUGGCCAGUUGGACCCCGAGAUCAAUGGCCACUCGAUACUAAAGCCACGGAAAUGAUUAAAGUUUCAUGGAAACCCAGCUGGUAUGAAACAACGGUCCUUGACACGCGACAGAGAGCGCUUUUGAAAGACUCCGACGCUGUCGUCUUGGGGCCGGCUGUGGAGAAUGGGCGAGACAUCCACUCGUCUGACGCGUUGUGGCUACUUCAGAAAAAGGAUCGGGUCGUUUGGAUGGUCAACUAUGGCUUGUUGCGGCAACGAUUUUCUAACGCGCUCCUGGAAUAUUAUGAGAAGCGAGCAGAACUGGUGCACGUUGAAGAAGCCGAGUCGGAUUUGGAGAGCUGGAUCGAUGACGCCCCGACGCUCCACAAGGGCUAUCUCUCCGACGACGACCUCUCCGGCAAUGAAGAGAAUUUGCCGCUGGAGCGUCUGUUCGCACGCCCGCCGAGCGCGCAACCGCAGUCUGGACUCGGCGACAUGGCUCCCAAGCGG